AUGGAGCCUGCCGCAAUCACAUCAGCAGCGCCGCCGGCCUUGGCGGCCACGCGGCUCCUCGUCAUCCCGCCUCCCCGCGGCGGCUUCGCGUCCAUCUCCCUCCCCACCUCCAUCGGUGGAGGCGGGGGCAGGGGCGGAGGUCGCUCCGCUGGAGGAGGCGGCGGCGGCGGCGGCGGCGGAGGAGACUCUGGUGCCGGCGCUGCAGCGGCGAUGGCGCUCGUCGAGGCCGGGACGAUUGACGGCGACGUCAUCGUGCUCCACGUCGGGGGUAUGUCGUGCGGCGGAUGCGCCGCCAAAGUGAAGCGGAUUCUCGAGAGCCAGCCUGAGGUUGCUUCUGCCACGAUCGACUUGGCCAAGGCGACCGCGGUGGUGCGGACGACACCAGAAGCCAUGAUGACUAAGGACUGGCACAAGGAACUUGGGGAGAAGCUUGCAAAUCACCUAAGAAAUUGUGGAUUUCAGUCUCAUAUGCUUGAUGAAACCGAACAAAGCUGA